AUGACCAAUUACUAUUGCACUACAUACAUCGACUACGACCAAGCCUACCAUAGCAACUUUGUUCACUUUACAACCAUAAAUAAGGUUGAAUACGCAUCACUGACUAUUUCUGGAGGUGGAGAUGUACUGACAGUGACUGAGGGUAAACAGUAUGAUGGAUUUACGUGCAGUACCGGAGAUGCAAGCCCGGAACCGGAAAUCAGCCUCAAGUUGAAUGAUCCAUCCUCCACUGUUCUGCCUGUUCGUAAACUAAAAUCAAGAACGCGUAUAGAACGUCGACCGACAUUUUGCAGCCAUUUAGCAAACGAUGAAACGAAUACAUUUAUUACAAGCAUAAGUGUAACUUAUGUCCCAGAAAGAGAGCAUGAUGGGAAGUACGUCUACUGCUCAGCCAGGAACAGUGAGAUGGGAAUCAGCGACAAAGUGACCUCCAACAAAAUACGCCUGAUAGUUCAGUACGCCUACACGGUAGAUGAAUCUGAAUCACUGACUGUGAAGUGUUCAGCAGACUGCAAGCCGAGUUGUACGUACACCUGGUCUUACCUGGACAGAGGUAUCGCCACAGGAAGUCGUCUACAUCUGACUCACAUCACGCGACAAGAGGCUGGGUAUUACAAGUGUAUGGCGAGAAAUCCUAGAUCUGGGAUCACUGCUGACAAGCAUUUCAAAUUACAUGUGGAGAGCAAGUACACUUUAUUCAAAUCGUAUUUUUCUGUUGGUGUUGCCGUUGGUGUGGGCGUUGCGAUCGGACUUGGUAUGAGUGUCGUCGCUGUCGUCAUCUACUGUGUAGCUAGAAAAUAA